CAAUCCAGUCCUCAGGCCUAGAUCAGUUCCACAGGAAAUCCCAAGGAAAACCCCAAGAUGAAGUUCUUCUACGGAGCUCUGCUGGUGCUGGGCACAGCAAUUAUUGCCCAGGCGGCUGUUGCCCGUUCCAACGAUGAGUCCGCCCAGGAAACCGACCAGCAGUCCAAGUACCGCCUGUUCAAGCAGCCAGUGCAGGUCGAGGCACGCAACUUGCAGCAGCUGUUGGCCCUGAAGCAGCAAUCCUGCCCACCGGCGGCCACCACCACUUCCACUACACCCACCACCUCCACGAUCACGACUUCUCCCACUGGACCCACAAGCACCACCGGAACCUCCACAUUAACCACCACACCCACCACUGCUACGCCUACUACUACUUCAUCUAAUUCCCGUCGUUCAUUCAACAACCUGGGGGGUGAGAACGAGGACGACGACGACGAAAUCGAGCAGGAGGAGGAGGAGGAGGGAAAGUAUCUGAAUGACCAGGAUGACGAGCAGGAGGAUGACGAUAACGAAGAGGAUGGCUUCCAGCUUGUGGCUCCCAAAGUCUCGGCUUCCUCAUCCUCUGCCAUGCGCCGUCGCGCCAGCAACUCCAACGGAUCCUCCGGCAACAAUAACCAACUGUCCAACAGCGAGCUGAUCCGCGAAAUCGAACUGCGCCGCCAGAAGGACCUCAACAACCAGCUGCGCAAGCAGCUGUCCAACGCCCGCCGCCGUUCCAACCAGAACCGUCGUCGUGCCAUUAACAACCGCCGUCGUAGCCGUCGCCGCCAGCAGCAGAAGCGUCGCAACCAGUCCCGCCGCAGCCAGCAGAAGCGUCGCUCCCAGAACCGCCGCCACCGCAACGCCCGCCGCCGUCAGCGCCGCAACAACCGCGUGAGCCGCCUGCGCCAGCGCCGUCGCGCCAACCGCCGCCGCAACUGA